GGCGCGUGGCUUGAUCCAGUGCUGUGUGCUUGUACGGAACCAUUUCUCCCAUCAUUGCAUCCAUCCAAAAAGACGUGCGGUGUUGGAAGGACACCACCGAAAUCAACAACAGCCUAUCUGAAAUACAUAAGUUGAAACGCAUCUGGAGAGCUGUGACUGUAUUUGCUCUUCUUUAUCUCAUCUUUCAGUGCCUCCAAAGCCAUUACAUCUGCAGAAUAUACCGACAUCCAAUAAACACCAAACCCCCAGGCAAAAAGCUUUAUCGAGUGUGAAACCAAGGAUGGAGGAAGCUAAACCUGCCUUUCCCUCCUGUGUCUCGAAGGAGAAACCCAGUAAGAUAUCCGAUCUCAUCAGUCGCUUUGAAGGAGGCAGCUCAUCCCCCGCUUCUGUCGAUUUGAAGAAAGACUGCUCUUCUGUUCGAGCUCAAGGAAGACAUGGAUCGACAGAACCACCUCAGCCCAAACUCACUUCCCAGAAUUCACUACAGAAGCAGGGAAAACACCCUCACCCACCUCAGGACGCACGGAGACACACAGCCAACGGGGUGGUCGUCGUGACACAAAACCCGAAGGAUUGCCCGGAGAGUAAAUUCCCUCCACUCCACCCCAGCGCUCCUCCUAAGCUGUCCCGUGACAGUAACUUAGUCAAUGGCGAGAGAGAAGACACUUCGACGGAUCCUUCUUCGUCUGCCGGAGGUGAUGGCGGAGGAGACGCUGCGAAGGACCGUUGCCGGGUUUCAAGCGGAGAGCCAGGGUCCUCGCUGGAACGCGAUGACGCCAAAUCGGUCGCCACCCUGGAAGAGAAGUCGGAUGAAGAAAGCCCUAUUGAGCUCGAAAGACAAGAUGAGCAUGCUGAAGCCAAGGAAACCGAUGAACAGAAACUUCACAAUAUAGCCAAUGAACUUUUGCUUACAGAAAGGGCGUACGUCAACCGACUUGACCUAUUAGACCAGGUAUUUUACUGUAAACUCAUGGAAGAAGCUAACCGGGGCUCGUUUCCAGCAGAGAUGGUGAAUAAGAUCUUUUCCAACAUUUCGUCCAUUAAUGUCUUCCAUACUAAAUUCUUGCUGCCUGAGCUGGAGAAACGAAUGCAAGAAUGGGCAACAACUCCCAGAAUUGGUGACAUCCUACAGAAAUUGGCUCCUUUCCUCAAGAUGUACGGAGAAUACGUGAAAGGCUUUGACCAUGCAAUGGAAUUGGUGAAAACCAUGAUGGAAAGGACUCCCCAGUUCAAAUCAGUGAUCGAAGAUAUUCAGAAACAGAAGGUGUGUGGUCAUCUAACCCUGCAGCAUCACAUGCUAGAGCCCAUUCAGCGCAUUCCCCGCUACGAGUUGCUCCUUAAAGACUAUCUGAGGAAACUUCCCCCCGAAUCCCCGGAUUGGAACGACGCUAAGAAAUCUCUUGAAAUUAUCUCUACUGCAGCGAGCCACUCCAAUAGUGCAAUACGAAAAAUGGAGAAUCUUAAGAAGCUAUUGGAGGUUUAUGAGAUGUUGGGAGAAGAGGAAGACAUUGUCCAUCCCUCAAACGAGCUUAUACGAGAAGGACAGAUUCUUAAACUUGCUGCACGGAAUACAUCAGCACAAGAACGCUACCUUUUCUUAUUCAACAACAUGCUACUGUACUGUGUGCCAAAAUUCAGCCUGGUGGGAUCAAAAUAUUCAGUCCGAACAAAAGUUGGCUUGGACGGAAUGAAAAUUGUCGAGACUCACAAUGAAGAGUACCCACACACGUUUCAGGUUUCUGGGAAGGAAAGGACCUUGGAACUCCAGGCCAGUUCUGAACAGGACAAAGAAGAAUGGAUAAAGGCACUUCAGGAUACCAUCGAAGCUUUCCAUCAGAGGAAUGAAACCUUCAGAAACGCAAUAGCAAAAGAUAAUGACCUUCACUUGGAGGUUUCUACUGCCGAGCUGGGGAAAAGGGCCCCGAGAUGGAUCCGGGACAACGAAGUGACCAUGUGCAUGAAAUGCAAGGAGUCUUUCAAUGCGCUGACGAGAAGGCGACACCAUUGUCGAGCUUGUGGACAUGUGGUCUGUUGGAAGUGUUCAGAUUAUAAAGCUCAUCUGGAGUAUGACAACAAUAAACUGAACAAAGUUUGUAAAGACUGCUAUCACAUAAUAACUGGAUGCACGGACAGCGAAGAAAAGAAAAGGAGAGGAAUCUUGGAGACUGAAUCAGCCGAAGUCUCUGGAAACAGUGUCAUAUGCAGUUUCCUUCUGUAUAUGGAAAAGUCAAAGCCUUGGCAGAAGGCUUGGUGUGUAAUCCCCAAACAAGACGCCUUUGUCCUCUACAUGUAUGGCGCGCCACAGGAUGUCCGAGCGCAGGCCACGAUCCCCCUGCUGGGGUACGCGGUGGACGACCUCCCCAGAAGCGCCGACCUUCCCCACAGCUUCAAACUGACCCAGUCCAAGUUCGUGCACAGCUUCGCCGCCGACAGCGAAGAGCUGAAACAGAAGUGGCUGAAAAUCAUCCUUUUAGCUGUCAGAGAAAAAGUCACGUCGACCUUGGAAUUAAGGAAGACGUGUUCACCUUGGAGUUCAGUGAGACGUGUUGAUCUUGGAAUUAAGACCAGUGUCCCAAAUGGAAAAAUAAUAUCUUUUUCUGGUUUGGGUGAUUUACGUUUUAAUUUGUUGACAUUAGUGUUUGGCUUUUUUUAUACUACUUUAAAGAAAGUAGCAGAUUUACAGGGCAUGUUACGGAAUAGUAGUUAAGUAUUAUCUUUUGGUUUCUGUUCUGUGGCUUAUUUAUAACAGUGCCUCCAUCCGCAGGUUCUUGUUUGCCUAUUUAAACGUAAGACACGGGCUCAGUUAGCGAGAGUCCGGCGCUUGAUGUUCCGAGCUCGGAGACGUUUUCAGUUUCGACUCCUCUGGAGACGUGUUCAUUUUCAAAAGCAUUUAACUAUUGCAGCAACUUUUAUGUUAAGUAAUUAGAAGAGCACAGUCUUCCUCUCUCACUGUUCCAUAGCUAAACUGACCUGGAACAAAUAUGGGACAUGAGGAAUCUGCUUUUUCAUAACAUUUUCCCUUGCUUUCCGUAAUUCUGGUUAAUCAACCGGAGGUAUUUAUCGAGCGCUCGCUGUGCGCAGGACACUGUACCGAACGCCUGAGGAGAGACUGUAGAGUAACCGGAUCUUAAAAAACUUGCAGGCCGAUAUCCAGUAAUAGUAAAGUCAGAGCGGAGUCUUGAGGUAUAAUAAGAUCUAAUAAGAUUAAGGAUGGUGUUGAUUAAGCUCUUCCAGUUUGCCAAACACGGGGAAAGUUACAAGAUUA